AACGAUGGCGGAUCCUAUCCUGGAACAAUGGUGCAACGUUGUGGCGGUGUGGGUCGAAAUCACGCAGAUGCACUGACUCGGCUCGGUGUUGAUGUUCAUUUGAUAUCUGCUUUGGGAAACGAUUCGUUUGCUGAUUUCAUCAGGAUGCAUUGUCAACAUAUGGUUUGCUUUAAGCAGCAACUUUAUCAUUUGACGAUUAUCUUAUCAUUGAAUACAAGUAUCGCUUAG